AUCUGGCUUACUGAGUGUAGUUGCUCACUACAGCCCAGCCCGACCCAAAAAAGUACGGGUUUGGGUAGCCUAAAGUACGCAUUCAUAUUCUUCAGCGCGACGUGAGUUACUGUAUGUAAGUUUAUGUUGUGUGGCAUUCUGCAUAUUGAUCUGGCUUACUGAAUGUAGUUGCUCACUUAAGGUGUGAUCAACUAUAGCCCGGAAAAGUAUGGGUUUGGGUAGCCUAAAGUAUGCAUUUUUAGACCAAAAUCCAGCCCGGCCCGAAAAAGCACGUUUCAGCACACAAAGCCUGCACCGGAUUUAUGGGGUUGGGUAAUAUUUUCCGGCCCGGCCCGAAUUUUGAUCACCUUGCUGGUUGUUCUUAGGCCCUUGUCAACUGACUUUCUGGGCAGUUUCUUUGAUAGUUUUCUAGUCUUCUUGCAUUUGUUUCUGAGUCUUUCAGAAGGAAGUAGUCACAUUGCUGGCUUGGUUUUGACAUCUUAACCUCUACGUGCAUUUAAAACUUUUUAAUGUACCCUUUUCUCUGAUUAGUAUUCUUGACACAAGAUUUGAAAGUGAUAUAUAUUAAGCUUAUGGACUAUGCCUAAACGUGCAUGCAACUCCCUAUUUUCAUGCAAGUGAUGUAACAGUGUGACACUCCUACCACUAUGGUUUGGUGGUGUCAUUGCAUCUCAUAAAAAAGACUCUGUAUUCUCCUAAACAAUAUGUCAAUCAUCUUCAAAGUCAUCCUAAAAUGGAAACCACCACACCCGUUACCCCGAACUCCUCCAAAGCUCGUCGGCCCCAAUCUGCCGGCGUCCCCCGUUCACCACGCUUGAGUCGUAGUAGUAGUGGUGCAUCAAUUGCUUCUCUCACCGAGCCGUCUCGAGGGAGUUCUCCGUACCGUUCAACAAGUCGGGCUUCAACCAGUUCCCUCCCUGAGAUCCGUGCCGUUGCGUCCACCUCCCCUCAGCAGUCGCUAAACCGUUCCUCUAGGUCCACUACCACAUCCCCUCGACCGUCGGUUCACCGGUCGAGGUCAACAAUCAAGACUAGAAGCGUCACUAAGAGCAAUUCCAAUGGUUCUUUUUUUAACCACGACGAAAAGGACGAUGAAAGCUACAACAACAUCCCUAUCUCCAAAGUAUUGGGAAGCCCUAGAAGGAGACUAAGCUUAGACAGCAAGGAAGACCUUCACAAUGUUAACCACAGCAAUCUGGCUAGGCUUUUCCGGUCCAGUUCUCAAAACACGUUAGCGAAAGGGGUAGGAAGGUCAUUAACGCGGUCUCCUUCCGCAUGGGCCCUGUCGCCGGGCCGCCCAUUUCCCGGCCCGCCCCUGGCACCAGAGUCACCUAGGGAUAAUGUUAAGGUGAAAGCUGUCAGUGGAGUUCUGAAGUACUUUAAUAAACAGAAGAAGGUUUCUGUUGCAGAAGAAGAAGAGUUUCAUCAGUACAAGAUUAUGCAUAAUAGGCUGCUUCAAUGGAGGUUUGCCAAUGCUAAAGCCGAGGCUGCUAUGGCUAAUGUUAAGAGUAAAGCAGAGGGGAGAGUUUUCGGUGUUUGGUUGAAACUAUACAAAACGAGAUAUGCGAUUGCAGAAAAGAGAAUGAAAGUGGAAAGGCUAAAGCAAAAAGUAAAGUUUCUUGAAAUAUUAUGUCCACAAAUUGAGCUUCUGAAUGAGUGGGAGAAACUGGAGAAAAAGAACUGUGAAUCUGUUGGUAGAGUUACCAGAAAACUCUCUGCUUACUCCACUAAACUUCCAUUAGUCGACGGUGCAAUGGCAGAUAUAACACCAGUAUAUGAUGCCAUGAAAUUAGCUUUGGAAGUUAUAGAAAACGUCGAAGAAACAAUCACAGACCUCCAAGUUCAGGCUGAAAAGGAAAGCAAUGUGUUAAGAGAGCUUAUGUACACUGUCAAACAAAACAUGGAAUGUUUUCAAGAAUUAGAGAAGGAAAUCGCGUCUGUUAUGUCCCUACAGGCUCAUGAGAAAAGCUUGGUAGUACAUCUCAUACAAGAAAGUAAGGAGCCAGAGGAAAACCAGAGGAAUUGUAAACAACAUCUUAUGAGAUCCUUCAAAAACAAGGAGAUGGCUUUAAUGUUUUCCAUGUUAAAUGUCUCUUAAUUAACUGAUAAUUAAGUGAUUAAUUUGGUCUUGCAUGCUAUAUAUACUAUAUAUAACAGUAUAUGUAUACACAUACUAGACCCCAUAAGUGGUGAGGCAAAUUUUUUGUACAAAUAGGUCUUUUUAAAGGCUAAAAAUUCUGUAAAAUACGAUUCUGAAGUCUGAACUAGUGUUUUAUAUGAGCCACCUUGUUAGCUUUUACCAAAAUACAAGAAAAGCCUAUCGAGGUACCCAUGCAAACUCCCACGGGAGAUUACCUCGCCAAAGGCGGUGGGAACUCCUCGUAGUAGAACCAAAAAAAAAAAAAAACCUUGUUAGCUUUUACCAAAAUACAAGAAAAGCCUAUGUUCUAGCACCGCACCAUCGACGUUCAGCUGCAGGACUGCCUGCAGUACUCGGCCUACCCGACACAACCCAUCACAAAAGUGUGGCCCGAUAAAAGCCCGGCCUGACACGAUAAAAGAACGGCCCGGCACGAGCACGAAUUCGGGGGUCGGGCAUGAGCCGCAUUUUUUUUGGGAAAAGCACGACAAAACACGCUAAAUUUAGUAAAAAAAAAAGUCUUAGGCACGUCGGCCCAUGGGCCUAGAUGCUGUUUUGAAAUUUUCCGGGCCAGCCGAUGCCGAUGCCGAUGCAUAGUGGUUUGGCACGGGCCCGUCCCGAAGCCCGUCUUGGCCCGUCCCGACCCACAUCCAUCUCUAAGUGUUUGCCCUUGCAGGCUGAGGGUCACGGACGACAUUGCCAGUCGACUAGAGAUCUCUAGUGUACUUAUCAUCUUCUAGGAACACUGUAUGCACUUUGAUAAUUCUGAAACCGAAAGGAAAGUCCCUUUUGAGCUAACUUCAUUAUUUCUUUUGACUAAUUUUCCUUGUUGCAAUAAUAGAUGUAUGCAUAUAUAUUUGCUUUUUUGAAUAAUUCUGCAACAUAAUUAUCACAUCCACAAAAAAAAGG